CCCCAUGGGAACUCCGUCCGUCGUUUAUGGAAAAAAACCCUCAAAAGCGCCAAUGCAGCUAUACCAAGGCCUUUGGAGAGCUUGGUACCUUCAAGGCUAUGGAAUCAACUGAAUGCUCCUGUGGACGUGGCCUCCAAGACAUACGCCAUGUUCUCCUCCACUGUACCAACCAGGCAGGACCCCGGAUGCGCCAUCUUACACAGGGUUCAAGGCGGGAGCUGGAUUACCGGGCCUACCUUACACGGCAAGACCUGGUACCGAAGGCAGUGCGAUUCAUGCUUGAGACAGGCCUUCUGGACCAGUUUC